AUGCCCGACGCUGAGCCCAUCAAGCCCGUACCAGCUUCCAAGCUGGGGGAGUAUACCGUUAUAUCAGAAAUUGCGGAGGGCACGUUCGGAAAGGUUAAGAUGGCGACGCAUACACUUACGGGUCAUAAAGUCGCCAUGAAAUUUAUUUCUAAGCAGGUCAUAAAUGCUACACGAACAAAGAACAGAGUGCAGCGCGAAGUAGAAUAUAUGCGUACUCUCCGGCAUCCACACAUCAUCAAGCUUUUUGAGGUAAUUUCAACACCGACAGAUAUCAUUAUCGUGCUCGAAUAUGCUGGAGGCGAACUCUUCAAUUAUAUUGUUGCGAACGGGCGUAUGCCCGAGCCGCAGGCCAGGCGCUUCUUCCAACAGCUCAUAUCUGGUAUCGAAUACAGUCACAAACUCAAGAUCGUGCAUCGGGAUCUCAAGCCUGAGAAUGUUCUUCUCGACGACGAUCUGAACGUGAAAAUUGCUGACUUUGGCUUGUCGAACGAGAUCAAGGACGGCGACUUUCUCAAAACGAGCUGCGGAAGUCCGAAUUAUGCAGCGCCUGAAGUCAUACGAGGCGGGCUUUACACAGGACCAGAAAUUGACGUUUGGAGCUGCGGUGUUAUUCUCUAUGUGAUGCUAUGUGGUCGUCUUCCCUUUGAAGAUGACGAUGUACAGACACUUUUCACCAAAAUCAGUCAGGGAACUUAUCAUAUGCCAUCAUUCUUAUCCUCUGAGGCGAAGACUCUCAUCAAUGGCAUGCUUGCUGUUGACCCUGUAAAACGCAUCACAAUCCCUGAGAUUCUGCAACACCCGUUCUUUAUAGUCGAUCUACCACGUUACCUCCAGCCACUUCCGCCACCACCAGGACCCGUUCUCGGUACACUGUCUUCCCUUGUCACGCCCCCCACAACCCUCGACUUCGAGAUCAUAGAUGGUUUAGGGCGCAUAGAAGAUGAUCUAGUUGAAGAAUUGGCUUUGCGAAUAGAAGGAGUUGACAAGGAGGAUGUGUGGGAGUGCUUAAGAAGGGACGACGGGCCGCAAGGAAACUCGAUGAAAGUUGCAUAUAUGCUAUUGAGAGAUAAACGAAGGCUAGGUCGUGAUCUGGCACAAUUCGAGGAGCAGGAACGUGAUGCGCAAUUGGCUGCUAUGGAUCCCCGUAACCUUGUCUCUCCGAGUGCACUAUCACCCGGGGGCGGAGACCUAGAAGAAAACCCUUUUGAGACUGAAUUCAACGGAUACGACGAGGAUGAUGUCGACGAUGGUCUAGACUUCUCAACACCUCAAGAUGAAGUCGAAAUCAACAACUUUGCAGUUCUGAAUUCCUCUCUCCCCGACCAAUUCCCCGAACAACACCAUCUUGCAUCAUACGCCAACGCAAAACGAUCGUGGCCAGUCAAAGAAAAGAAACAGCAUCGAACAAAAUGGCACUUCGGUAUCAGAAGUCGGUCGCCACCCAUGGAAGUUAUGUUGGAAAUAUACCGAACAUUGAAGGCGUUAGGGAUGGAGUGGAAAGAGAAAGAGUACCUUGGAGGGUUGGGAGCAGGGAAGAAGAAGGGCGGGGAGAGGUCGAAAGUUGAGAGGGUGAGGGAGUAUGACGGGGAUGGCUAUGUCGACCUCAAGGCUGCUGCAUCAAUCUACUUUGUGGAGACAAGGGUGAGAGUGCAGGAUGUAGUGGUUCUUAUGAACCUCCAAUUGUACAUGGUCGACUCGAUCAACUAUCUCGUUGACUUUCAUCACAAGCGGUCUUACAAAGCUUCCACAGAACCGGGUGCUGGAAAAUUCGAUAUGUCCUUAUCCGAUGCCGCAUCCGAGGCAGGUUCAGACUCCAGCAGGUCCAUCAAAGAGAAGGAGGUUCGAGAGGACGAAACAGUGUCGCCGUUCGUGUUCAUGGAUGUUGCUUGUCGACUGAUCCUUGAGCUUGCUGGUGGCGGCGACUAG